UUUCCAAUUUUGCCCUCUGCAUCGUUCGCACUCGCUCGCUCACUUGCCCAGCCGCACGCACUCGCUCGUGCUCUCCCAAGCGCCCUCUCCCACGCUUCUCGCCGCUCGCCGGCCUUCCCCUUCUCGCCUGCCUCCCCUCUCCCCUUUGCUCGCCGGCCUCACCCUCCCCUCUCCCUCUCCCUUUCCACCGCCCCCUUUAUCUCCACCACUCCGCCUCCACUCACACCCCGGAGGUAAAAAAUCAAUCUUUUGAGCCGGCGACGAGCUUCUACUCUGGAAUAUGCAAUGGAGGUGUGGAUGUGGAGCACCAGCGCUGGAUCUAGGCGACGGAGGCAUGGAUGUGGAGCGGCACCAGAGCGGCGGAUCUGGAGCAGCUCCGGAGCAGUGGAGCGAAGGAUCUGGAGCAGCGUCUUCAUCCUCACGGUGCCCACGUCGUCGUCUUCGCCGGAGUAGCUGCUUCCUCCCCUACCCAACGCCUGUCACUGACGACAAGUGCAAGAAGAAGGCCCCGAGGAUUAUUCACAAAGCAGAGAGGGAGAAGCAUAAGCGCGACCUGCUCAAUGAUCUCUUCAGUGAACUUGACGAAAUGCUAGUGUGAAAGAAAGAGAACUCGAUCCAAGGUGAUGGUGAUGGAAAUGAAUGAAAGAAAGAGAAGCUGGUAAGGUGACCUACCUACCAUUUUCAAACCAAGACUUUCUGUUUUGUGACUGGUCUUUCUGUUUCGAAAUUGCGCCCUGGCUGAAUUCUCUUAACUCUAAUUCUAUUGGUGGGGACGCUCAAGAUACUGUAAUUUUGUACCCACACCUAGCGAUAAUGUACAGGUGUACACUAGUAAAGUUUCCAUUACCAAAUCAUUUUGAUACCCUGAUUGACUGAUUUCCUGAGUGAACGUUUCCAAAACUAGAAGAUCAUGAUCU